GUUGAGGAGACAUGAAAGUCUUCAAUCAACCGCUUGGAAUCGCAUGCACUUCGCCCUGAAUCCUUCACCGAGUUAGCAUACUCACCCCUCCAGCUGACAUCAUCGUUCUCCAGUCACAAUGACAAACCCACUACUGCCACUGAACACCGCACUGCGAAAAAGUACCAGCCGACUUUGCACUUCUGGGGUAUGGCCAAGCCCCAGCAUCAUCUCCCCAAAAUAUUCCUAUUCUUGCCGCCAAACUCGUGCUGCGCAUUCACAUUCUCCGUUCGCACCGAGGUUGGUGCAACGGACAGCUUCUUUUCGCACUUCCUCCAACUCGGCAGCUCGAAAUGUGCUGGCAAGCAGCUCCGGAAUCAAGAACACCGUCAUACCUUAUCGGAAUUCACAGAGCAGCACAAGCAUUGGGCGUGCCGCCUACAGCUAUGUAGCUAACCCUCCGCAGGAACCUCUUAUCCAGAAUGUCUUCGAGGAUGUGACUGGAACAUGGCAGUAUGUGGUAGUGGAUCCCGAAACAAAAGCUGCAGCCACUAUCGACGCGGUGUUGGACUAUGACCCUGUCACACUCGCUGUAGACACUCGUACCGCUGACGGGCUGCUGGCUUUGAUCGAUCAACAUGGCUACAAGGUCCAAUGGAUCCUGGAGACUCAUGCACACGCGGACCAUUUGAGCGCCGCCGCAUAUCUCCAAGACCGUCUAGCUGAAAAGCAGGGAGAGCGCCCACCCAUUGGUAUUGGUAAGCGGAUCGGACAAGUUCAACAGUUAUUCGGCAGGAGAUACGGAGUUCCAUCAGAGGAGUACGAGGACGUCUUCGCGAAGCUUUUCGAUGAUGACGAGGUCUUUGAGAUCGGGAACCUCAAAGCAAAGGCGAUGCAUCUCCCUGGUCAUACUCCUGAUCAUCUUGGGUACAAGAUCGGAGAUAACGUGUUUUGCGGUGACACCAUCUUCCACGUGGAUAUUGGUACAGCCCGGUGCGAUUUUCCUGGAGGAAGCGCCAGCGAUCUCUGGGACUCAGCGAGAAGAUUGCUCUCAUUGCCAGACCAUGUCAAGAUAUGGAUGGGCCACGACUAUCCCCCAGGCAACCGGCGAAAGCCGGUGGCUUGCCUGACGGUAAAGGAACACAGAGAGCUCAACAAGCAUCUAAAGAAUGGCAUUACCAGGGACGAAUUCCUCACGAUGCGGAGAGAGAAAGAUUAUAUCCUCAAGGAACCUAGGUUGCUGCAUCAGUCCUUGCAGAUCAACAUUCGCGCUGGGCAUCUCCCGGAGCCUACAGAGGCUGGCCUUCAAUUACUCCACACCCCGAUCAAGCUUCCUGGGACGAUAUCUACCAGACCAGGCAAGACGGCAGAAAAGUGAGGUCACUGACGGGAGGUUUGACGUUGGUUUGAUGGUGUUUCAGACACAUACUCGACCGAAGCAUGAUCCCGUGUCAGAUGUAAUGGAAGUCCCUUUACGGAGACAUAGAUGUUCUGGAGGAGAGAGCAGCGUACAGUGUCCACGCACAGACGGAAAAUUGGCACUGGGUGGGAAUAAUGGGAGGGGGGUCCUGGAAGUUUCAAAACAAGAGGCUCCUACUAGCUGUCAACAUCAUUUGGGACGUCCUUGGCACUGUUGCUAUCAUAGUGCUGUACCUUUUCUUCACGGGAAUGAGCGCCGAUAUAGUCGAAUUCGAACUUGUGCUUCC